AGGGAGCGAAGCCCUAGGUAACUUGCCGCUUUCUUCCCCAUUUACUCUUUUCAUUUUGAACUCACUCACAGAGCCACAGUCUCUCUACUUGAAAUAAAUCUUUUUUCUGCUUAAAGUUUGAGUUGCCGGAUUUUGCUCGACGGAGUAAUUUCCGGUUUUCUCCGUUCAUAACGGUUCUGUUAACGUUACCGUGAGGAAGGCGAAAUAUUCUUAGCUGAAAAUUUUGCACGAAGAUGAGUUCAAGAAGAGGAGGUGAAAAACCAGUUGGUGCUAAUGCAGCCGAAGAUGAUGGUGAGUGGCAGGUGGCUUCAAGGAAGUCUAAAAACAAAACAAAUAGCAGUGCUCCAAAACCUGGUGUUAGUGGCGCUGGAAGGGCUUCUGGGAAAACAUGGGCACAUACUUCAGAAUCUAGGACACAACCCAGCUGGGGGAGUGCGAAGCCCCAGUUGCCCAGGAAAAUGCCUGAGAGAAGUUAUAUGGCCCCUCAACCGGUAAUUCCUCCUCCUUUGGAGCGGGGUUGGAACUGGCAAUCUAGAGCUGGUUCUUCUUCAUCUAAAGGUUCUGAAGAUGGUCACAAAGACAAAGACAAAAGUGUCUAUGAUGAUUACAAGGAUAAUGCUGAUGAAAAUUAUGAUGAUGACAAGGAAGACAACUCUGAUAUUGCGGAUGAUUCAGAGGAUGAACUCUUCAGUGAUGAAUUUGAUUCAGAUACCAGUCAAAAGAGUCAUGAGACUCGAAAGAAGAGUCGAUGGUUCAGGAAAUUCUUUGAAAGCUUGGAUAAUUUGACUGUUGAAGAGAUAAAUGAACCAGAAAGGCAGUGGCACUGUCCAGCGUGCCAGCGCGGUCCAGGUUCUAUCGACUGGUACCGUGGCCUUCAGCCACUAAUGGUCCAUGCCAAAACAAAAGGAGCUAAGAGGGUGAAGCUCCACAGGGAACUUGCAAAGCUUCUGGAAGAGGAGUUGCACCGGCGGGGAACUUCGGUCUUUCCAGCUUCUGAAUUAUUUGGCAGGUGGAAAGGGUUGAAAGAUGAAGAGAAGGAUCAUGAGAUAGUUUGGCCACCCAUGGUGAUCAUAAUGAAUACCAGGUUGGAGAAAGAUGAUGGUGAGAAGUGGAUUGGGAUGGGGAAUCAGGAACUUUUAGAGUACUUUGGCUCUUAUGCUGCUGUGAGGGCUCGACAUUCUUAUGGUCCACAGGGGCACCGUGGAAUGAGUGUGCUAAUUUUUGAAAGUUCUGCUGGGGGAUACCUAGAAGCAGAACGUCUGCAUAAACAUUUUUCUGAGCAAGGAACUGAUAGAGAAUCUUGGAAUAGGAGGCAGGUAUUAUUCCACCCUGGAGGGGAGCGACAAUUAUAUGGUUUUAUGGCAGUAAAGGAAGACAUCGAUUUCUUCAAUCAGCACUCACAAGGAAAAUCGAGGCUGAAGUAUGAGUUAAGAUCAUAUCAAGAGAUGGUUGUACGCCAGAUUAGACAAAUGAGUGAGGACAACCAGCAGCUCAAUUACUUAAAGAUCAAAGUGGAUAAAGCUACAAGGCAUUCGAAAACUCUGGAAGAAUCUUUUGGUAUUGUGAGUGAGAGGCUGAGAAAGACAAUGGAGGAGAAUCGCAUUGUCAAGCAAAGAACAAAGAUGCAAUAUGAACAGACCAAGGAAGAGAUGGACUUCCAAGAACAGUUUUACAAAGAGCAAAUCAGAAUGAUCCAGGAAGCAAGAGAUGCCAAAGAGGAGGAUUUUGAAAGGCUACAGCAAGAUGAGCGGGAGAAAGCGAAGCAAUCAAUCGAAAAUGCAUCCAACAUUGAAGACACGAGGCAAAGAACUGAAAGGAUGGCGAAUUUCAUAAAGCUACAAGACAAAGAAAUGGAAGUGUUCGAGAAGAAGAGAGAGGAGGUAUUCAAAAUACGCGAUGAAAAGAUGGCAGCGUUGAAGCACAGGUUUUACGAAGAACAGUGUGAGAUCGAGAAUGAAUGUAGUGCAAUGCUGACCAAAUUGAUGGAGGAAUACACCCACAUUCAGGAUUCUUCGUAGCUUUUGAAGGAUAUGAAAACUAAGAAUUUGUGAGGGAAAGAAGUGGUUAGCUUUCAGUUUUGUUUCGUCAUGACUUAAACGAAGGGAGCACGCAGCCAGCUUAUUCAAUGGUGUGUAUGCAACUCAGUAUGACUAUAUGUGGACUCUUUUCUUGAACAAUGGCUAACCCUUCUAUUUUUCUCUUGUUGAACUUUCUUAUAUUAAUGUAAGACAUUAAAAUAUCAAGAUAAUUUUCAAAAA